UCGUCGAUGCCAAUGGAAGGCAACGAGGCGGCGGCGGCCACGGGGGAUGGAGGAAUCAGCGCAAGGAGCUCCGGAUCGUCCCAUUCCAGCUCCGAUUCAGCGACUCCCAAUCGCCGUCGCAAGCGCGCCUUUCUAGGUUCGAAAUCCGUGGCCAGCGACGCUGCUGUCUCAGAUCUUCCCCUGGCGCUCACUCGCCCCGUGAGGAAUGCCCGGCUGCGCAACUAUUACCCCGACUACUCCAUCUACAGUGGUAUGCCGGCGCGUAGGGCAAAGGCCAGGGCCAAAUCCAGCAAGAAUCGCGGCUCCAUGAAGCAGCGCCUCGCGAAGAUGCUCAAGCCGCGCCACAGCAAUAUCGACGGAGGAGGCCAUCACUUGCGACGCUCAACGAGGAACCGGCGGAUGUCUGUGCUCUACGAUGAUUACAGUGACGAGGAAGAUGAAGAGGAGAUUGUGCGCAGUUAUCGUUCUAAGUCGGAUGAGCAUGCCAAUUCCACCAAGAAAUCCAGCGGCAGCAUUGCGGCUCCUCGAAGAGAAGGCUUGAGGCCCCGGAAUUCGUCACAGCGUUUUGAGAGGCAGAGGGUAGUGGAGUCGUCGCAGGAAUCGGCGGAUGACCACGAGACAUCGGACGAGGACGCUGAGGAAGGAGAGGAUGGAGAAGAGGACGACGAUCUCGAGUCCGGGGAAGAGGAAGACGAAGGAGAAGACGGCGUCGCUGGAGAACAGGAAAAAGAAGUGGAGGCGGCCGGGGGUGACGAAGAUGGCGAAGAAGAGGAGGAGGAGGAAGAGGAGGAACUAGAGGAAAGAGAUGGAAAACGCAGGUACGAGCUACGCGCUCGCACAGAAACCCAGAGAUCUCCUCCGAAAGGAGACGUGACGACGCCACAGAAGGUUUUCCUCGCCGAGACGGAAAAGAAGCGGAGUCGCGAAGGUGGUCGCUCUGCGUCGAGGCCGCUCAAACGGCGGCGCAGGGAAGAAGACUCUGAUGACUCGCUUCUGGUGGACGAGAUGGAACAGGGUCCGGGGUUUUUUGGUGCCAGAGGUGGUGCUCGGGGACCUCAUCCAUUUCUUCCUCCUACUUUGGAUAUGCACGGUUCAACGAACUGGGGUCUAGGAGUAGCUGCUAGCGGGUGGGGACACCAGGGCGACUUCUUGGGACUAGGAUUAGCUAAUACAGGGACACAGACAGCCGGAGCUAGCUCUAAAGGUGGUGCGGACAUACAACCAGUCCAGGUUGAUGACACCGUCAGUUUUGAUCAGGUUGGGGGCCUCUCACACUACAUUGAUUCGCUCAAGGAGAUGGUUUUCUUCCCCUUGCUUUACCCAAAGUUCUUCGAGAGCUAUCACAUCACUCCUCCCAGAGGUGUACUCCUCUGUGGGCCUCCAGGUACUGGCAAGACGCUGGUCGCCAGGGCAUUGGCUAGUGCUGCGGCACGGGCUGGCCAAAAGGUGAACUUUUACAUGCGCAAGGGUGCAGACGUGCUGAGCAAAUGGGUCGGGGAAGCUGAACGGCAACUACGGAUGCUCUUCGAAGAGGCUCAAAGGUGUCAGCCUUCGAUUAUAUUUUUCGACGAGAUUGACGGCUUGGCCCCCGUGCGGUCCAGUAAGAGCGAGCAAAUACACAACUCUAUCGUCUCGACCCUUUUAGCUCUGAUGGACGGGCUUGAUUCUCGGGGUCAGGUGGUGGUUAUCGGCGCGACAAACCGGAUAGAUGCCAUAGACGGAGCACUCAGACGUCCAGGACGCUUCGACCGUGAGUUCGUUUUCCCUCUACCGGACUCCGGUGCUCGAGCAGAGAUUUUGGAUAUUCAUACGAAAAGUUGGCACAGACGACCUUCUACAGAGCUUCGGGACGAGUUGGCUGCUGCCUGCGUGGGAUACUGCGGUGCGGACUUGAAGGCUUUGUGUACUGAAGCAGCUAUUCGGGCAUUUCGGCAGCGUUAUCCACAGGUUUAUACCAGUGAUGAACAAUUUGUCAUCGACGCAGAUUCCAUCCGUGUCCAAAAGUCUCACUUCUACGAAGCCAUGUCUGCCAUCACGCCUGCAGCGCACAGGGGAACAUUAGUACAUUCGAGGCCCCUCCCUCCAAUGCUCGUGCCUUGUUUAAACGGGCAGCUUCAGACGGUCGUAGCUGCAUUGUCAGACAUUUUCCCGCUACUAAGCAAUCCAGAUGGCGAUGAGAGCUCGGAGAAUCUAACCAGGCUAUUUGGCACGCACACUGGCAUGAUAUUUCCUACGGUAUACAAGCCAAGGUAUCUGCUGUGUGGCACUGAUAGCUCGGGACUUGACCACUUAGGACCUGCAUUGCUACACAAGCUGGAGAGAUUUCCUGUACAUUCUCUUGGACUUCCUUCCCUCUUAUCCGAUCCGAGUGCCAAAACCCCCGAGGAGGCACUAGUUCACAUCUUCGGGGAAGCGAGAAGAAAUACUCCGUCAAUCCUAUAUUUACCUCAUUUCGAUUCGUGGUGGGAAACGGCGCAAGAACAGCUACGCACGGUGUUGUUGAUGCUUUUGGCCGAUUUACCUUCCAAUCUCCCGUUAUUGUUACUUGGAACAUCCUCAGCUCGAAAGAGCGAACUAGACGACGAAGCCUGUUCCGUGUUUGGUCGUCACAUCUACGAAGUACAAGUUCCAACCCGCGAUGAAAGGGAUGCGUUUUUUACGCAAGUAAUAAAAAGCCUCUUUACACUCUCCAGCGAAGAAGAAACCACAAAACCUAAGAAGAAUGCCGAGUUACCUGUGUUAGCGAAGGUUCCCAAGGUCGACAAAGGUCCAAGCGAGGCUGAGCUAAAAGCACAAGCCGAGGCUGAGGAGCAUGCCAUUCGUCGCUUGAGGAUGUGCUUGAGAGACGUCUGUAACAGGCUUUUAUAUGAGAAACGUUUCAACAUAUUCCACUUCCCCGUGGAAGCCGAGGAAGUGCCAGACUACCAUACGAUCGUAAAGACGCCGAUGGACGUGGCUACGCUGCUCCUCCGCGUAGAUAAAGGCCACUACAGGACGCGCGCCGCCUUCAUGCAAGACGUGGAGCUGAUACCAGCCAGUGCAAAAAAAUAUCACGGCGAGGACUACAGCAAUCACACCGCUGCUCGGAUUGUUAGCCGGGCGUGUGCUUUGCGUGAUGCGGUCCAAGGCAUGCUGUCCCAGAUGGACCCGGAGCUGGUGGCGUAUUGCGAUAGAAUAGCCAGCCAAAGCCAAAGCGGUAGCGCGGCGGCGGCCGCGGCGCCGCCAGACGAAGCUUCCAAGCGACCUGACAACAAUCCGGGAACGCCACCGGAGCCUCAGCGAUCGAGCGCGAGGCUACGAGGCAUCCAACCGGAUUUGAACCUCCCGGCCAACGGGAACGGUGACGAAGCUGGACCAGGCGGAGGAGAGGAAGAAGCGUUACCAUCAAACCAUACCGAGGAGGCGGACGAGGAGGAGGAAAACGAAGAGAAGCCAACACCAUCACCAAUGGACGGUGGCGAUCGCAAAGAUGGCGAGCAAGACGACGAGCAACAGGGAGAGGGAGAGGGACAGUGGCUGUACGGGGUGGGCGAGGACAAGAUCAAGGCAGUGAAGGCCAAGCUUUUACUCCACAGCGAGGCAUUCACCGUGUCGGAGCUCGAGAUGCUUUACGCCAGGCUCUGCGGAAGGAUCCGGCAACAGCGACGCGGCCACCUCACGAGAAGUGCCAUCCUCCAAUCAUUACAGGUGUUUGUGGAGGAGGAAAUCGCCACCGCCGCCGCCGCCACCGCCGCCGCCGCCGCCGCAUCGCCGCCACUUGUAGCCACUUUUAGAGAUCAUACACACUCGUAAUGAAAACCAUAUACCAGCAUAUUCCAGGUAUAUUCAUUGAA